AUGUAUGAUUCCAAUUUUUGUAGAAGUUCACAAUUCUUUUUUUUUUCUUUUUUUUUAUCAGAGAAACUAGGAUCGUUGAUUAUGGAGAAUCCUGAUCUUUUUGGCGGGGAUAUUCUCGGUAUGGAAGAUUUUGAGGACAGAAAUGCAAUUGCUGAUAGGACACGGAUCUGGCCCGAUGGAAUCGUUCCCUUCGAAGAGGACCCGGGGUUGAAGGAUACAGUGCACCCGACUGUUUUAAAAAGUGCUAUGACUAUGUAUCAGAAAGAUACCUGCAUCAAAUUUGUGCCAAGGACAACAGAAAAGGAUUACAUCAGGAUAUUUCCAGGACAGGGGUGCUAUUCGCAUGUCGGCAAAACUGGCGACGGCCAGCCUUUAUCGUUGGGGAAAGGUUGUGGACUCAUGGGGAUCGUCUUCCACCAGUUGACGCAUGCCCUGGGAUUCUAUCACGAACAUAACAGGUCUGACCGAGAUGAUUACUUGGUCAUUUUCUGGGAGAACAUCCAAGAAGGCAUGGAAGAUCAUUUUGUAAAGUUAUCGGAAGACCAAAAUCGAUUAUUGACGGUGUUCGAUUACAAUUCGAUAAUGCUGUAUGGUUCGUACAAAUUCUCGAAAGACAGCAAGAACCUGAAGACGAUGGUUGGAACAAACAACAAGGUGCUCCAAGAAAUCCACUUCAAAUACUUUUUGAGUGACUCCGACAAACAUAGGGUUAAUAUGAUGUACAAAUGCCCGUGAGCAAAGGACAUUUAAAAUGCAAUCGAAUCCGAUUACAGCGAGCUCGAAUUAACUGGAAACCCGAUUUUACCGAGAUUUUAAGCAAAACUAAUAUGCUCAAAUGUGUCAAUAUAAAUUCCAAUUAUGUCAAAGUAUGCAGCAUAAUCCUUUAAUGCCGAACAAAAUAUCAAUUUAACGAGCAAAAAAAUCUUUUAUUUGAAUUACUUCGUUCUUUAUUAAAUUACUAGAUAAUCACCCGUCAAGGUUGACGUGUGAAAAUUGCUUCUACAUUUGUCGAUGAUAUUUUGAUAGUUGAAAUUUUAACCCUUACUCCAGUGGAUGAACCCCAAACUCCAGUAGAUAACGGUCACUGUUGAUCACUUUUUUGUUUCUUCAUUCUUCUAAAAUGACUGGUAAGGCACCAGUAAAACAGUUUAGUUACCGGAUCCAGUUCAGCUUUGUCGAAAAAAACAUUUCCCUACACGUCAAACAUUACCAAAAAAUAUUAUCAAAUUAUCACGCCGUGGAGGGAGUUUCAUUGUUGGUGACGUCAGGAUCGUUACUCGAUCAUUCGCUAUUAUAUAAAUGAGGAUUUUGGUUUAUUUAUAUACUUAUUGCGGAUAGUGACAAAUAAAGUGUAAUUUUGUUUUGCAACUGUAUUUUCAAGUUAGCUUUUAGCUGCAAUCUUGUUUAAUUUAUAUACAUGUUGGAGCUCUUGUAUUCGCUGUAACCGGUUUCGACUGUAGUGAUAAAGAGUCAAAAAUUGUG